CGGGAAGUGAAGCAGCUGCAGUUAGAUGAACUGCAGUGCACAGAUAUUGACACAAACCCUCUAAAACUCGCUCAAAAUCACACUGCCAGUAAUGAGAAGCACGGCAUGGCAGACAGACAGGACAAUGAGGUGGAGGAGGCUGAGCAGGUGUACCUGCUGAUGAAAGAGGAGUACAGGAUCUCACGCAACGUGCGUCUGUCCUGGUUCCUGAACCGGCUCAAUCAGGUCGUUCGGCCCGCUCCACCGUCUGAGCUGCUGAAGUCAGAGAACGAGCUGGAUGUUUUGAGCGUCCUCCCAAAAGGAUGGCAGCCCGACUCUCCUUCCUCUUCCUGCCCGUGUCUGCUGGUUCCCUCCACACGCGUGACCUUCCUGGCGCGCAGGUACCGCUUCAUCAUCGAGCUGGACCUGAGCCCGUCCACCGGGAUCGUGGAUGACAGCACAGGAGAGAUGAUCUUUGACGAAGUCUUCCACGCUCUGUCUCGGUGCUUGAUCGGUUUGGCAAAACCCUUUAAAGUCCCAGGAACGGAUCACGUGUUCCAGCCAGAGAUCUUCAUCACCAUUCUGGCGUAUUCCUCCAUCAUUGGCCUUAGCUCUCAUCAGGUGUUGGUUCAGGGCUGUCAGCUGGACUGUAUGGAUUUGGAGCAGUUCUUGCAUCAGAUCUAUCAGCAGCUGAGAGCCGUGGAGAGCAGCAUCGCUGACGUCUUACAGCAGCAGCACAAUCAGUUCAGUGGCUCGGUCCAUCAGUCCUUCUCUAAUGAUGCUGUGGAGGACGUGUCUCAGAGGAAGCCGGGGGUCUCCAUGUUGACGGCGGAUGUGGGGCUGGUCAGCAUGGUGAGGCAAGGGAUUCUGGCGCUGCAGCUGCUGCCUCCCAACUCUGGUGCAGGUAUAAUAAUCAUCACAGAUGGAGUGACGAGUGUCCCUGAUGUAGCUGUGUGUGAAACGCUACUGAACCAGCUGAGAAGUGGAACCAUUGCCUGUUCGUUUGUCCAGGUGGGCGGUGCUUACACCUAUGACUGUAGUUUUGGCUACAUCCCCAACGUGGAGCUGAUGAAGUUCAUCUCAAUGGCAACCUUUGGCUCCUACCUCUCCAUGUAUCCAGAGUCGGACUCUCCGGGCGAGGAGAUGAACGCUUACCACCGCGCCUUCCUCACAUACUCCUUCCUGAGGACCGGCGAGUCCAUGAACCCGGAGUACUACUGCUUCUCCCAGCACAGACUCUUUAAUGAACACCUGGUGUCAGCCAGCGGAAACCCUGCUUUAGUGAUGCGCAGGAAGAAACACACGGAGAAGGAAGUGCACGCUGACUUGAUCAGUGUCCUGUCCAUCAGGCUGCGAGAGGGAUACACCAUCCGAGAGAUCAACAUCACGAAAGGAGGAAGUCAGCUGGAGGUGAAGCUGGUCCUGCUCUGGAAGCACAACAUGCGUAUCGAGUACCUUGCCGUGGCGUCCUGGCCCCUGAAUCCAGUCAAACGCACCACCUGGGUGGAGGUGACCAUCGAAGGCAGCUACGACAUCCUCCAUGACAUCAGCUGCACCAUGAGGAAGCCAAUCACAAGCCCCUACCGGACGACGGUCAUCCGCCGCUUCUGGAACACUCUGCAGAGCAUAAAUCAGACAGACCAGAUGUUGGUGCACCUGCAGUCCUUUAAUUCCAUCCCAGAACACUACACCAUCCCCGAAAGCACCAAAAACGGGGUUCCUCUGUUUUACAUCCCACCUGGAUCCACCACACCGGUCCUCUCCCUCCAGCACAGUGGCUCUAAAGACUCCAGCCAAUCACAGUUUUCCUCCUACUGGAAGCCCAUCCUGUCCAUGGACGCCAACUUCUGGCAGCGCUGGCUGCACAUGCAUCGCAUCGCUAUCAUUCUGGAGCACGACAUCCCGGUGCCGAAGCACGUGCACAACGCUGGCAGUAACGGUCGCUUCAGUACCAUCCAGUGUCGCAUCUCUCACUCGGCGCUCACCUCGCUGCUCAGGGACUGGAGCAGUUUCGUCCUGGUGGAGGGAUACUCGUACGUCAAACUUAUUUACAGUGCCUCUGAGCUGCCGCCCGUCUCCUUCUAUCUGGUGCGUCUGAUCUCUAAAGCUCCCUGCAUGGUGCUGCGAUUGGGCUUCCCCAUAGGAACACUAGCACACACCAGGAACAAGAUUGUGGAUGAACUUCGGGAGCAGAUCCUUCGGCUGCGGUUCCCUCAUCGAGUCCAGAAUAAGGAAGCCACGCCAAAAACCAAGCGGAAGAUUCUGGGUAACGCGUCGCCCUCCAAGUCUCCGCCUCUUCCUGUGCCCAAACCGGCGCUGUCUGACCGGCCGUGUGUGGUGGUGCUCAACAAACCUCUGGAAAAACUGCUGAUCAGGUACGAGAAACUUCCUUCAGAUUUCCGCACCCCUUUCAUCUUAAACAUGGAGCCGUUCGCUCAGCCGCGCGUCAUGGGCGCUCCUCUCAUCGUGGCUGCCAGCAGGACGGCGUCCUCCACCAUGGCGUCUCUGUCCCGUUACUUCCUGCACCAGCGCUGGGUUUGGGCCGUGCAGAACGGCCCGGGAACCGCUGUGUCGCUACACGCAGUCGCUCAUAUCCUCUCCAUGCUGUCUGAUAUUCGUCUUUCUGAAGGCUUCCACUUCGCCGCCAGUGGAGAGGGAAUCAUCAACAUGGUGGCAGAACUGCCAGUGCAGGUGAAAAGUCCAUCAGCUGGUUUGGACGGAGAAAAACACACCUGCAUAGUCCAGUACAUCCUUUUUCCACCUCAUUCCACUUCUACCAAGGACAGUUUCUCCACAGAUGAUGACAAUGACACGGAGGUGGAGGCCAUAGAUGUGGACACAGAGCUGAGUUUGGUGACGGAGUGCUGGGUGGAGCCCCAGAGCGGAGCAGUCUGCAGCUCACUGGAGCAGCACAGACACUUUCAGACGCUCAGCUAUCAGGAGAUCCCUCAGGCUAUUUUUCCCCGUGAUCUGUCGUGCAUGACGACGAUGAUCACGUUCGAGUACCUCAUCCAGCUGUGUCAGAACCGAGAGCAGGUGUGUCCUCUCAGCAGCGUCAGAGAUGCUCCAGGUGCUGCUGCUGAGGACUGCAUACACACUGUGCCUUUCCAGUUCGACCUGAUCAAACUCUUGCCCAAGUGCCAGCAGAUCGAGCUCUUCUUCUACACCUUCAGCCGAGAGGGGCAGGUGGGCGGCUCCUCUCUGCCCAACGACCUCCUCCUCGGCCUCUUCCACGGCUCCCUGCAGAGCGAGCUCAGCGAUCGAGAGAUCCCGUUGACUGACGGCGAUCAUGUGGCGUUCAUGCAUCACAUCCUAGAGCGGGAAAGAGACGGCCACGUGGCUCCGUUCUCACUUCCUGUCAUUAAAGAGGAGAGCUUGAAGCCUCCGGAGAGGCAGGACACUGUUUUGUCUUUCCACACGAUUGGAAGCAGUAAAGAGGUGACCGGCUCCUCCAGCACACUGCAGAGCUUCAGUAAUGCAGAUCUUGUGGAUGACGAGCCAGCUGGCGCGGAGCAGGACAGUUUAACUCCUCACUGGAAAUGCUACGCCAAAUACAUCAGUCAUCAGCAGAUCCUGCUCACUUUCCUGCCAGCUACAUUCACAGAUGUGCAGAUUUUGAUGUCGUCUGGGCUUGAAACUGAACCUCCAAUCAACAGAAGUUUCCAGGAAGAGGAGGAGUCCUGUAGUAACGGCAACGGCCAAUCACAGACAGACUCCUUCAGCAGCUCUGCCAAUGGUCCACAGGUUGGAUCGAGUCAACACGGAGAAGAUAGGAAGCCGUCCACAGAGGAACCAGAAGCAGCGCUGGAGACGUCUGCAGGACAGAGUGAACCUGCUUCGGAGGAGAAGGAUGGUGUUCAGUUUGUGGAGCCUGAGAAGCAUCACAUCACGUUCAGCAGACAGACGUCUCAGCAGAGCGGAGCUGACGCAGCACGACCCCGCUGCCCCAUCUACAUCUACAACUGCUCACUGGAGUCCCUGAAAGAGCAGCUGGUCCACCCGCGCUCGGGACGCCAGCCCAGAGACGUCUUCUUCAGAGCUCAAGAGACAGACACCUGGGAGUUCAGUCAGCAGCCCAAAUACAGAUCAAUCUCUCAGGAGCGCAGCAGCGCCUCGUCCUGGACGGAGCUCAUGACACAACCUCACAAACACAAAGAACUGGCCAACUACUGCAGCCUGCUACAGGAGCACUACUACCAGAGCUAUGUCAAAGGUGUUUAUCGCAGUCUGCAGCAGUCACACCACGUGAGCUCACAGGAUCUACUGACAGCCAUGGACUACUGCGAGGAGUCGCUGCAGGAGAUCGACAUCACUUCCUUCCUGCAGACGCUCUGCGGACACGUGCGUGUGUUUCGUGAGCGUCACGAGCUGCACGGCUCCAUCAACGCAAGCAAGUCCAGUGACGCUUCCACCACCUUCACCAUCGGAGAAGGAGAAGACGAUGGAGCCGACAGAGCCACGCUGGUGUCUUCAUCCAGUAUUGAGCUGGAGGAUGUGAGUGAAGCUGAUUCCAGAGGGAAAGUGUCUGCUCCCACGUCCCCGCUGGACCUGGACGAACCCAAGUCUCCAAAAAUCCCAGAAUUCCCUCUGUCGCUUCUCCAGUCCCAGCAGAAAUGUGAUGUGUAUCCUGAUUUGCACAAAAUCAUACAGGACAAGUUCACAGAAAUUGGUGCUCAGUAUUUCAAGACUGUACCGUCCAAUCCACACUAUUUCUUUUACUGCCUCCCAUCUUCCAAAAAAGAGGAGGAUUCGGAGCGAGGAGGAGAGCGGAGAGCCAGUGAGGACUGUGAGGUGUCUGAAGCUGAACUCGCCACAGAAGACGAGAACGUGUCGGGCUGCUGCAUCGUGACGGAGAGUGACACGGAUCUGGAGGUGGAGUAUCAGGAUUGUGGGAAUGGCAGAGCGGAGGCCGGAGGACAGGGAGCAGGUGAAGGCGGGUCUCCGUCAGACUCCAACACGGUGAACCAGGACGAGGACUCCUUCAGUAUUCUGGACGGAGACUCUCUGCUGGAGCUGGAGGGUCCACAGCCGGAGAUGCCUCCUCUGUUCGUGCACCUCACCUGCUCCGUCAACAUGAAGAGCUGCCAUGGAUCCAUGCCCACGCAAACACUGCCAACCUGUCUGGGUGAAGUCAUUUCCUGUCUUGAGAACGCUGAGGAUCUUCAGUGGGUGGAUCUGAAGGAGUUGUCUGUCACUCUGGAUAUCUUCGUGCUCACGUUACCUCUGGAGAUCGAGGCCAUGGCUCCUGACUUCCAUCACAACAGAUACACGUCUGAGAGCAGCGUGUCUCUGAACCGUUCUCCUGGACAGCCCUCGUCCUAUCGCUCUGACGAGGAGCUCAUGGCCAAUCUGGACGGCCUGCGCGGGGUCGGUGUGGAAAGUAUGUCUGGAGAUCCCUUGUCCAAGCUUCCUGUUCCACACAAAAUGGCUGUUUUAGCCACCAUGGAUGAGAUCCGCUGGCUGUUGGAGGAUGAGAUGGUCUCUGCUCUGCGGCGCUCGUCUGUCAUCAGCUCCUCUACGCUGCAGAAAGUGUCGGAGCACGUGUGUCGCUCCAGCGGCCGGCCGCAGUGCCACUGUGAGCUCGUUCCCCUCCAGUUCGUGUUUGGUCCCGAGCAGUCGCUGGAGAAGUUUCAAGAGGAGUUCAAGAGGUUAUCUCUUCCUGGUUACCUGCUGAACGCCGAGCAGCACAACUUCCACUACGUCUCACUGAGUCGCCAGCAGUCUCACAGACUCCAGCUGUCUAACAUCGCAGCUCAGUACUCGGGAACCAGCUCUCAGCAAACCAGCCAGUGUCCCGAGCUGGAGGACAGAGCCAGAGCAUCAGCAAACAUCUGCACGCCAGACAAAGACCGAGAAAGAGACUCCAAGAAAAAAGAGCCUGACACUGAGCAGGUUGAGUGUGGAGACACGCAGAGGGCCGAGGAGGACACACGGCCUGCAGCUGAUUCAGCCAGCGAGUCUCUCUCGGAGACCUCUGACCCCGGGCAGAUCAAGCAGGCCGACCCCGAGGAGACUCGACCUCAGAGUGCUCACCUGCAGGCGGGCAGCAGCAGCACCGAGCGCUCGUCUGAUCACAUGACCCCUCCGAAAACACCCUCCGCUGCCAGCCUGGCCGAGUCCGUGCAGUCCACCACACACAGCAGUGGGAAACUGCGUCCCAGUCGAGUUCAGAGCGUGGUCUCCAGUCAGGGCAGCCUGGACUCAGACAUGCUGGGUUAUGACGGAGGCAGCAGUGACUCUGAGUGCGACGGACCCACUAUGAAUGAGCAGGAGAGACAGACGCCGCUCAUGCCUGAUUUCUGGCUCAUCAUCAGAAUUCAUCAGGACAGGGUGGAGGUUUUCUCUCACACCAGGAGUUUUAACAGAGAGGAAGAGGAGGAGAUCCCAGAGUACCUGCGUCUUCAUCAGCUGGUGGUGAGGAGGAUUGGAGAAAUGUGCCGAACAGUCAACCAGCGCCUCCUGCUGCAAGACCUCCAUGACAGUCACGUGUGUCACUCUCUCCUGGUGGCUGAGAGCGAAGAGGACAUCUGGAAGAACGAGUCGCUCUACCGACCCAGGAUGACCAACUCUGACGACUACACUGCAGACGAGAGCUAUCAGCCGCGGGACUACCUUGCCGCCACCAUGCAGUUCAUCCCGGGUUACUUCGCCUGUGACGUGGUCUGGAGCACCGUUAUUUAUAUUCACCCCCGCCUCAAAAUGGGACCCAACAUGGGCGUGUCCCGAGCUAUCCAGGCUCUGCGCUCCGUUCUAAACGCUUUCUGUGUGGUAAACCGCAAAAACAUGUUUGUUUAUCAGGAGCGCACCACCAAAUCUGUGUUCUACCUCCGACUCUCUGAGACGUCUCAGGCAGGGAAGUACAGUGAUUUGGAUGGAAACGUGCACGUGUCUCGCUCUGUGGGUCUGGCGCGCAGCCAGGAGCCGCUGGGCUCCGAGGACCUCACGGCAUCACGCUCCUCUCUGGAAGGCUCCCGGCCGGUUGGACUGGUGGACAAACACAUUCUGCUGCAGGUGCAUGGCGUAGGGACCGCAGGUCCAGAGAUCACGGAUGAGUUAGUGAAGGUUUUGAGGAAGCGUCUGGACGAGGCCACUCUGGACAUCAUCACAGUCAUGCUGGUCAGGAACUGCAAACUGACACCUGCAGAUGUGGAGUUCAUCCAGCCUCCCGGCUCUCCGGCGACGGAGGUGAUGGAGUUCUGUCUGCCGCUGUACUGUGUGCCGUGGAUCCAGGCCGUGGCUCACUACCUCCGUCAGAACCUCCUCAUCUUCCUCCACAUCCCCAAAUACACCGACAGCAACAUGGAGCACCACUUUAAGCAUCACUUCCAUCUGAGCAGCGAGCUGCCCGAUCAUGACAUCUAUCUGUACAAUAAACCUGGAGGCCAGGGCACAGGAGGCAAAGGGAUCGCCUGCAUCGUGCUGUCGUUCGUGGACGCUAAAGGCUGCAUGCUGCAGAUUCCCGCUCAGGACGGCAUCGCUCCGGCUCUCAGAGGAGACGUCUCCAGCAUCUCUCUCCAGCCGGACCAGUUCGAGGCCUUGACGACUGUGGUCAAAGAGGACUCUGGCAGCCAGAGCUCAGGUGCAGCCGUGCGUGUGCGCUUCGACGUGUGGGAGCAGGGUAACAUCAGCCCCCUGCAGCUGACCGACAGGCUCAGGGCGGCCCUACGCCACGCCCUCUGUGACGUGGUGAUGGAGAUGCGUGUGCUGCCCAACCCGCUGUGUCUGGACACCUUCUGCCUGCCUGCUGCCGCCCCGCGGGACGAGAGCACAGUUCCCUUGAGUCUCCUGCAGUCUGACAGUAAGGAGGUGAAGGAGAGCGUUCGGCGGCUCAGUGGAGCUCAUGGGCUCAAGAGCGGUCCGUCUCCCAUCACCCUGAGCUCAGCUCCCAGCUCCACCACGACCACUGGAACCAGCACACCCGAGUCCACCACACCCACCGGCAAAACCACCCGCCGCAGCUUCUGGGAAAUACUGAGUAAACCAGAGACUUCUGAGCUUGGCAGUCCGAAGACGACAGAUGACAUCAUACCGGAGCGCAUCGAGGACAGUCGUGUGAACCGUCGAAGACACAAGACGGAGAGCGUCAAACAGCAGUGGAACCACGAGAAAGCCAUGGCAGUCGAGCAAGAGCAGGCCCAGAGGAGACAUGCAGUCCAGCUGGAGGAGGGUGAUACAGGCACGCUUCAGCCCGUCUUCCACAGCACGUACCUGCCCUGGGUCACCUUCAUGAACAGACUGGGCUGUCCGUCCAUCCAGCACUGUUCAGCUGAAGUCUCGCAUCACUUCCUCCUUCCCUCCAUCCUCACAGAGAUCGUCAAUCUGGUCAGCUCACUGGCCAGUGACACGGCAGUCAAAGUGUUCGAAAGAAGCAGCUGUCCUCAGGGAGACAUCUAUGUCCCCCUGUCAAUCAUCCAGCACAUCAGCCAACCACCUGGCACCACCAGGAGCUUCAUUCUCAUUGGUCGGAACUUCAGCCAAUGGCAUUGCAGUACAGAACAAGAAGACAGUUCAGAUGAAGAGAACAGUCCAGUACUAAAUAGGUGCACACCUCAUAAGGGCAUGCAGCGGUUCGAGGCUUUGGAGCACAGUGAUUGGCUGAGCCCGGGGCAGGCUGUGAGGGGCGUGGCUCCACGCCAGCGCUUCCUGUACAUGCAAAUUGUUAAUAAGAAGGUGACUCUGUACACGUAUAACUGGUCGGUGGAUCUGGGCGUCUCUCUGAAUCAGGGUCUGGUCAGACUGGUGCAGUGGCAGAACGCCCGCGCUCAUGUGGUCAACUGCCUCCUGAGUCAGAAAAUGGGUCUUUUCCAUCAUUACUGCUCCUCUGAUGCACCUUCACAAGAGGACCUGAAACAGGAGCCCAACCCGUUCCUGAGCUCCACGAUCGAGGCGGACGCUCUGCUGAGGAGUCCGGUUCCUCCGGCCGCGAGUAAGGAUCCGGGUCGGAUGGGCAGCUCUGCUCGUGCUCUUCCUCCUCUGGCCUUCCCCGGAGAACUCGUGCCCUUCGAUGAAGCUCUGAGAGACGUGAACACUGUGAGGCCCCUGACCAGUCAGGACGGGCCCGAUAUAGUCACUCGCCACGGAGCCCAAAUACUGGAGGUCAAAGCCGCUGAACGCAGAGAGCUGGAGAGACAGAUGAAGAUUGAGAAUCUGUUUGUGACGUGGCAGCAGCGCUCGGCUCAGUCUAACAUGCCCAUCUCUGUGGCUGAUCUGGACACACUGAAGCAGUCCUCUCGACUGGUCCAUUACUGCGCCACACCGCUGCUCUUCGACCCUGUCUUCCGGAAACAGAUUCAAGAGGAACAGCUGCCUCAGCCCCAGAUGAAGAAGCGGCAUCGCUCCAGUGACUCCACGGCGUCCGGCCGAGAUCGCAGCUACAGCACAGAUUCUGCAGACACGCUUCCCAGUCGCCUGAAGGAGGAGCCGUGGCUGCAGGACAUCUCCAGCAUGUUCCUGCAGCAGUAUGUGCAGUACCUGCAGAGCAUGGGCUUCAUCCUGGUGCAGGUCCGGCCGCAGUCGCCCGCUCGCAGCAUCGCUCGAGCCCGAGCCGCCAUGUUGAGUUCUUUAUCCACUGAAGGCAGAUCAUCCUUCUCCUCUUUCUCAUAUAAUAAGCAGAAGAGUGAAGACAGCCCCAAGCAGAGCAGCACGUCCAGCUCUGCAUCAUAUCACCUGCAGAGGGCGCUGCCAGGAGGAAUCGUCCUGAUGGAGCUGGCUUUUCAAGGCUGUUAUUUCUGCGUGAAGCAGUUUGCAUUAGAGUGCUCAAGGAUUCCCAUGGGUCAGACGGUUAAUUCUCAGCUGUCCAUGCUGUUCACCGAGGAGUGUGAUAAGGUGCGGGAUCUGAUGCACGUUCACUCCUUCAGCUACGACUUCCACCUGCGUGUGGUGCAUCAGUACCUCGUGGGCUGUCACAUGACCCUGCGGCAGGGGUACCAGCUCACCGCCUUUCUGGAGGACUUCAUCGCCCAUCACCCCGACAUACCAAAGUUCGGACGCAACCACGUCUUCCAGGGGAGUUUCUCCAUAUCGACGGGGAUGAUCACAGCACAUCAGCUGUAUAAUUACAUCACUGAUCACGCCGGCACUUACGGGAUGAAGCCCUUGCGCAUGUCUAAAGCUGCAGUUACCACUGAUAACAAAAAGGGGGCGCCGAGCGCAGACCUGCAUGAGUACGCACUGGUCGCUCUGUGGAACAGCUCUGGCUCAUUUAAAGACUUGGAGGGAUUGCGACACCACGAUGACUUUGACGUGUCGCUGCUGGUUUGUCAUAACGCCGCCCCGUUUGAGGAGCAGUCGGAGGGAGAGAGACACCUGCUCAGGCUGCGUUUCUAUGUGAUCAUGACCAGUCAGAGGGAGCUGUUCCCGCGUUUGACUGCAGACAUGCGGCGCUUUAAGAAGCUUCCUCAGAUCCACCGUGACCCCGGUGACCUCAGCGGCCGCAUCCCUGCGGAGCAGAUGGAGGCUUGCAGCCCGGGGACGCGGGAAUCUGAGCUGGACCUGUGGGAGGACACCAGCGUCCCCGUCACCCCUCCAGCCAGCCCCGAGUCUGACCCCAUAGAGAGCCUCCUGCACACAGACGCAGACGCAGACGACUCUCAGGGGCUCUUCUACCCGUGUCCUCUCUUCCCUCUGCUCAGUUCGGAGGUGCUGUCUGCACGGCGGCAGAUUCAGAGCAGCGUGGAGCAGGCCAUGGGCCACUGCCGCAGGGAUAACCUCUGGAGGAGGCUCUUCCACGGGGAGCACCUGGCUCUGGAUAAACUCAAACUCAGCAAACUGACCUUCGGUGAACUGGAGGAGCUGCUGGACGCUGUGCAGAGCAGAUCAGUCUCUGAGAUUGACCCACAGCUGGACUGUUUCCUGAAUAUGAGUCCCGGCUGGUACCAGAGUCUCAUCAAAGUCCUGCUGUCACGCUUCCCACAGAACUGCAGACACUUUAAAGACGACAGCGGCAUACAGUACCUGGCCGUCCUGAACCAGAAGUUUACAGACUGCUUUGUGCUCGUUUUCCUGGACACACAGGCAGGAAAAACUAGUCUGAAGGUUGUUUUCCGGGAGCCGUUACCUGCGCAGACGCAGUCGAGCAGCAGUCCUCCACCGCAGCUGGUCUCCAUGUAUCACCAUCUGGAGUCGGUCAUCAACACCGCCUGCUACAACCUCUGGACGGGCCUGCUGUGAACCUCAAGUGUCUGACAUCGGUUUGAGCUCUUAGACUGAGACUGAAUGCGUCUCGCGUGUGUAAUGCAUGCUGUGUCGACUAGGUUGCAUCCAUUGCCAAUUAAAUAGCUAAUAUUUUGCACAGGGAAACAGCUGAAUGUGCCGGCCUGUUGAUUGGAGGGGGGUUAUCUGGGAGGGUGUAUUUAUAGCGUUUGAGACUCCGCUGGUUUGCCAAAGCCAUACUGUCUUUCUGUAGUCUAGCGUUCAUUUGUGCGUAGGUUUUUUUUUUUUUUCCUCCAUCUCCUCUCAGUUGCUGUUUCUGUAGCCUGUGUGCAAUAGUUUUUUUUUCUCAUUAUGCAUCUCUCUGUGCAUCAUUAUUGUCUUCACUGCCGUUUUUUCAUCAUAAAAGUGCCUUUAUUUUACUUUCUCAUAAAUUUGAUGGAGGCUAGUGAAUUGUUCUCUUAAAGGGACAGUUCCCGCUAAAAAGAAAUUAACUAUUUACUCAUCCUCGUUUCAUUCCAAACCUAUAUGAGUUUCUUUCUUCUGUUGAGCACAGAAGGAGAUAUUUUGAAGAAUGUUGGUUACCAAACAGUUGAUGGUAGCCAUAGACUUCCAUUGUAUUGAAAAUAUACUAUUGAAGUCAAUGGCUACCUUCAACUGUUUCGUAACCAACAUUCUUCAGAAUAUCUCCUUCUGUACUCAACAGCUAGAAGAAACUCAUAUGGGUUUGAAACAACAUGAUGACAGAAUUAGAUUUUUACAGGGACUGUCUCUUUAAAUGAGUCACAUGGCCUUCAUGUACCUUCAACAUAAAGAGCUGGACACGAUUAGUCUGAAACGAUACUGGACACCCAAACUAACUAAACGAACGGGGAAGAUUUACCUCCUGUAGUGACAGACACUGAAGAAUGAAAUGGUUUUACUGUUUGGUUUUCUUGGAGCACACUGGACAUUUUUGAAAGAAGCGUUCAUUAAAUGUUAGAACAUUAAUUAGCAGUUCAAAUGUGUGAACAGGUCAUUUGUACAUUAUGUAUAUAGAGGCGGAUUUGUAAGAAAAACGCUUACCAAUAAAUCUUAAAUUAAAACAUC